AGUUGUACAGAUUGUACCUGUACGAUAAAACGUAGUUAUUGUAUAUUGUAUGGUAGUAGUGGGCUGUGGUACAAAUAGUAGUAGUUUGGGAGUGUACAAUGUUCGUCCAUAUAUAAAUUCUAUAUUUGUCUCUUGUUUUAAUGCGCGGUCCAUGUUAGUUUCUCUUUUUCAUAUUAAUUAAUAUCAAAAUGUCAUUUAAAUUGAUAUCGGCUGUAUUUAUAAUUACAUGUUUCACCUUGGUAUCGGGUUCGUAUGAAGAUAAAAGAUGUAAAUGUGUUUGUCCAAGUCCAGCUGCUGUCCUGAAUAACACAGUGGGCUCAGACCGGAAACUGUAUAUUGGCAAUGUACCACCAAAUAAAUGCAACUGUGAUGGAGUGAUCCUGCCACGUGUUGGUGAAUUGAUCAAAGGACGAGAACAAGAAUUUUGUCCACGUUGUGAAUGCAAAUAUGAAAACAGGAAUACCACAAUAAUCAAAGUUGUCGUUAUCAUUGUGAUAUGGGUCAUCAUGCUUCUGGUAGCCUACAUGGGCUUCCUAAUCUGCCUUGAUCCACUUAUCAACAAAAGAGCUAAGGCUUCCUACCAAGAACACACUAAUGAAGACGACGAAAGUACUAUCAGUGGAUCAUCACAACAAAUGGGGACACGUGGAAAUGUACUGAACCGUGUCACUCAUCAACAAGAUAAGUGGAAGCGUCAAGUCAGGGAACAGCGACGCAACAUUUAUGAUAGACACACCAUGCUCAACUAGCAUGGAAUACAUAUGGAUUGUUUAAACAGUCCUGAUACAAAUGGUCAAACAAGCUGCUGAUAUUAAUUCAAUGUCUCUGGCUAUCAAAAGCUGUUAAGUCAAGUUAAUUAACCUUGUGUGCAACUUUUAUUAAAAAAUACACACAAUUUAAAUUGUAUUUAAGGCCUAUAUUCACAAACAAUACUAUUAGGACUGGACAUUUAAGAUGACAAACUGACAGUUAAAGUGAUGAGCGGGAUGGAAUACAGCAGCAAAGCAUUUUACAAAGAAUUCACGAAAAUUAUAAUAAUGAGACAUUGUUUAAAAUAUAAAAAGACACAAUACAAAUUAGGUUAUACAAAAAUCGCCGUAUGUUAUUAAUAUAUAAGAUUUGCUCUAUACAUGCAACUGUCAAAAAAAUACAGACAGAAUGGUAUUCAGCAGUGCGUUGCAUGGCAAAGUAUUUGAGUAUUGAUGGUGCAUG